CGUUUACUUCCUGCUGCCUUGACAAUGGCGGCUCGCGGCGUGGGGCUUUUGACCCGUUUGCCCCUGCAUUCCCAGAGAAGGAGCCGAGCCCAGCGUUCUAUUUCCAGGCACCUCAGUUGUCCCGGGACUGUAGCCGCCAACUUCGGGAGCGAAGAGCAGCCUUCGGGGGGCUCUGAAGACAAGACCCUCAAAAAGAGAUUCUCUGAGGUGCAGAAGGAGAGAAGGGAACAGGCUCAGCGGACUGUUUUGAUACAUUGUCCAAAUACUGUCCAUGAGAAAAAGUUUCUCAAGUAUUUAUCCCAGCAUGGACCAAUUAAUCAUCAUUUCUUCUAUGAGAGCUUUGGUCUCUAUGCUGUUGUGGAAUUUUGCCAAAAAGACAGUGUAAACUCCUUGCAGAAUGGAACACAUACUCCAGACCAGAGAACAGAGCCUGCAAUUCCAUUUAAGUCACGUUUCUUGAACUUAAAGCUGAAGAAUCCAUCUAACCCGAUACCUGAACAGUCAUAUGCACAGACAAACAACCAGUCACCUCCUUCAAGCAAGAAACUCUUUGAAUUACUGAGUUACGCAGAAAGCAUGGACGAUCAGCUGAACACGCUCCUGAAGGCCUUCCAGCUCACAGAGGAGAAUGUCAGACUCCGCCAUCUCACCUGCUCCCUCAUUGAGGACAUAGCUGCUGCAUAUUUUCCCGGCUGUGUUGUUCGGCCCUUUGGCUCCUCAGUGAACACAUUUGGCAAGUUAGGAUGUGAUUUGGACAUGUUUUUAGAUCUAGAUGAAGUUGGAAAACUCGAUGUUCACAAGGAUGCAGGGAAUUUUUCGAUGGAAUUUCAAGUGAAAAAUGUUCCUUCAGAAAGGAUUGCAACUCAGAAGAUCCUGUCUGUAAUAGGAGAGUGCCUUGACAAUUUUGGCCCUGGCUGUGUGGGUGUUCAGAAAAUACUAAAUGCGCGAUGCCCACUUGUGAGAUUCUCCCAUCAGGCCUCUGGAUUUCAGUGUGAUUUGACCGCUAACAAUAGGUAUGACCUCAUGAAUGUUUUCACUUAAAUGUGACUAUUCUAAGGUAUUAACUUUUCUUGUUUAGAAACAGUAGCUUGGAACUCUUUUAGACAUAC